AUCCUGUAGAAUACAGACGCUUCAAUACUGAUGAAGAUGAUUCUACAUCGUAAGGAAGCGUAAGUAAGCCUUGUUGGAACUAGGGUUCGAAGCUCAAGGCCGUUUUGCCUAGCCACGAGGCAGAGAGUAAAAAUGCCGGUCAUAUAAAGACUUUGCGAUGGACUGUUCUUGUUGCAUCAUCUACUCGAAGAGAGCACAAGCUUGCAAGCUCAUCCAGACUCGCAAUGUUUCUUAUCAACGUUGUCUUUGGAUUUUGGCUCUUGUGCGUACCUACGAGCCUCCGUCUCGUGAGCGGCGUCGAAAUUGUGAAAUCCCAUCCUCGCGAUAAAAUUUGGCAUGAAAAAAUAGAUCACCAUGACCAACUUUUCAUAGUCAAUAAGGACAUUGCUCCAGACGGAUUUCAGCGCUCAACUGUCCUUGCCGGUAGAACGCCACAGGAUGCGUCUUUUCCUGGACCUUUGAUUACCGGUCGAAAGGGCGAUAGAUUCACGAUCAACGUAACGGAUCUACUCACAGACCCAACGAUGGAUAGGAGCACCAGCAUUCAUUGGCAUGGUCUCUUCCAAAAAACAACAAACUAUGCAGACGGAGUCGCGUUUGUCUCGCAAUGCCCUAUCGCAACAAACCAUUCAUUCUUGUAUGACUUUGGAGUUCCAGACCAAGCGGGGACUUUCUGGUACCAUAGUCAUCUUUCGGUACAGUAUGGCGACGGUCUAAGAGGCCCUAUUGUCAUCUACGAUCCUGAAGACCCUCAUCAAGACUUGUACGAUGUUGAUGACGAGUCGACUAUUAUCACAAUUGCGGACUGGUUCCAUCUUACAAGCUUGCAACUCCUUGCAGCCCUUGUCGUACCAAAUGCUGACGCGACACUGAUUAACGGGAACGGCCGUUAUGUUGGAGGACCUGAUACCCCACUCACCGUCAUCAAUGUUGAGCACGGAAAGCGUUAUCGAUUCCGCUUAAUUGACAUGUCCUUCGAUGCCUUCCACGGCUUCUCCAUCGACAACCACAACCUCACCAUCAUCGAGGUCGACGGAAUCAACACUCUACCUCACACCGUCAAUUUCAUCGAGAUCUACCCUGCUCAACGGUACUCAUUCGUUCUCAACGCCAACCGACCAAUAUCCAACUACCGCAUCCGAGCACUGUCCAAUACCGGUGUAGGAGCUCAUAACUUUACUAACGGUGUUAAUUCUGCCAUCCUUCGGUACGUAGGUGCACCUGAGGAAGAACCUCAGACAUCUCAGCCUCUGUCAUCCGAUGUGAUGAUCUUCCGAGAAGGGGAUCUUCAUCCCCUAGAGAACCCAGGUGCACCAGGAAACCCCUAUCCAGGUGGUGCAGAUCUAGUCUUGAACUUCACCCUCGGCUUCGAUGCGGAAAUGGUGCUCUUCUCGAUGAAUGGUGUAGUCUUUGAAUCACCUACUGUACCAGUAUUGUUGCAAAUUUUGAGUGGGGCACACCACGCACAGGAUUUACUACCAAAAGGAGGGGUACACACUCUUCCUCCUAAUAAGGUUAUUGAAAUUAACUUUUUUGGUGGAGAUGCUCCUGCGGGACCUCAUCCCUUCCAUUUACAUGGCCAUGCAUUUGAUGUUGUUCGAACCUCUGAUAGUUCAGAAUACAACUUCAAAAACCCAGUCCGCCGAGAUACUACUCUUGUGGCCAUGAAGAACCAAACCACCAUCAGAUUUGUUACAGAUAAUGCUGGACCCUGGUUUUUGCAUUGUCACAUUGAUCUUCAUUUGAGUUUGGGGCUUGCGGUCGUUUUAGCUGAGGACACACGGGAUACAAAGAAAGAUGACAUGAUUCCUGCGGAUUGGAAAGGACUAUGCCCUAUAUAUAAUAGUUUGACCCCUUCACAACUACCUUAGAGCCCAAAUUUAGGCUGGAAUUUCUAAACAACAGACUCAGAGCAUAUUGUAACUUUUACUUGGGUGUCUCUAAAAAGCUUGAAAAAUAGUGUUUGAUGUGUUCGAAGUCAUCAAUCGUAGCGAUUGCACCGACAUAUCCAUCUGGACGAACUACAACCAGGAUGCCAUCGACCCCAAUACCGUAGUUUUGAUAAACUUGAAUGUGGUCUGUGCCAGGGUUCGUAUCUAUGUAGUCAACAUAAACU